UUGGUUGGCUUAGGAAACGUACCAUUACCAAAUACUCGACAUAAUGUAGGCAUGAUGGUGCUCGAUGCCAUUGCCAAGUCGCUUAAUCUAACAUGGUCACAAAACCGUAGUUGGAAAUCAGACAUGGCUGAAACAAACAUACAAGUUCAAUCCAAAAACGAGUUUCAUGAAUACAAACUCACGCUCUUAAAGCCAAGAAAGUUGAUGAACAUUAGUGGAUCAUGUAUUGCUCAAGCAGGCAAGUGGAUCUAUCUUUCACUUCCCUUAAACGUCUAUGUCUUUCAUGACGAUAUGCAGCGUGGGUUAGGUAAAGUCAGUCUGAAAGCAAGUGGAUCAGCCAAUGGACACAAUGGCAUCAAAUCCGUCAUUGAUCAUCUCAGGACACAAGACUUUAACCGU